AAGAAGUGGUGGAAACUGUUCAUUUUUUCACGUAGCAAAUUCAAAUUCUUCAAGACUCAGCGCUGCACGCAUUUCGUUGAGGGGCAGUUCUAAAACUGUAUAGAAAAACAGUGCAAAAAGUGAUAAAUCGUGUUCAAUUUAUUUCAUAAAGUUCAACAGUAGUAGCUUCUUUUCACUAAAAUAGGACACGACGAUGGCACGCUACCGUGAAUGGGAUCUCCAGUGUAAGGUAUACGUCGGCAAUCUGGGCUCGUCGGCUUCGAAGCACGAAAUUGAGAGCGCCUUCGGAAAGUAUGGUCCACUGCGCAACGUUUGGGUUGCCCGCAAUCCUCCGGGUUUUGCCUUCGUGGAGUUCGAGGACAAACGCGAUGCCGAGGAUGCGGUUCGUUCGCUGGAUGGAACGAGAUGCUGUGGAACACGCAUCCGGGUGGAGAUGUCCUCCGGUCGCACACGGCGGGACGAUAGAACCAGACGACCCCGUCGCUCCUACAGGGCAAGCUCUUCUAUGAAACUCAACGUCAGCAACUUCCGCCACAGAACUUCAUCUAACCAACCUUCUACUAGUAGUUCUACUAUUGAAAUUAGUGCAACCAUCAACUCCACCACCAAAACCACCACCACAACUACAGCCAUCACCACAACCAAAAAAAUCACCACUAUCACCACCACCAAAAAGACCUCUUCAGCCUCUUCGAUCUCUUCUAGACUUGUUCGCUCUUUCAUCGUGCAAGCUCUUCAAGUAGUCUCCCAAUCAACACUACUGCAACAUCUACUGCUGCUACUACAGCAUCAUCUGCGACCGCCGGGGCAGUCGCCAACGUCAGCACUUCAGCAACUGCUGCAACGUUCGACGACAUCGCUGCUGCUGCCGCUGAAAUCAAGCGCCAAACACACUUGCUCUCAACUGCAGCAUCCGAUUUUAAAUUUUAUGCCUCCAACCUGAACGGUUCAUGUUGGGUAAUUGACUGAAGAAUACCCCGGGUAAUAAAGUUUAACGACCGUUCGGUCGUACAGACAGAGCGUUUCCGGCAGGACGCCAACGCCAACGUCAACGUUCAUCCGUUUCAACUCGACGCGCGGCGUACAUCUCAGCGAACUUCCAACUCUUCCUCCCAACUUGUCGGCCCGAAGCGAUCAGCCAGCGAGUGCAACAAACGGUUCUUCGUUUGAUCUUCCGAGUCGUUCUUCCACCAACAGCACUGUCGUGACAUCCCUUCUACUACUACUAUUACUACUACUACCAUCAUCACCAACAAUACCAACUCAACUCAACUCAACUACUACUACUAGUACUACUGCUACUGCUACAACCGCUUCUAGAACUGUGUAGUGCGCCCGGCUAAUGCAAUGCAGAUCGCAUUCUCUUCUUCGCGUGCAAAUAUCGUCAACGUCAACGGGAUGAUUCGAGUUAACCGCGCCGCGUGCAGCACCUUCAGCGUAAGCGCGGCCGAUCGCUUCUUCUCCACGUCCACGUGUGUGCGUGCGUGUGUCCCAACCACCACAAAAGUCACCACCACCACCACCGUCGUCACCACAACCACCGACAGUGGGCGUGCGCCAGCUCAGCUCAGCUCGUCAGUCACCAACCACCACAACACAUCCUAGCUUUUUUACAGUUAUGCCACAGGCUUCGUUCCCCAAAAAAACCAAAGACCAAACGCCUGCCAAAAGCAGACAUUACUUGGAAAAGGUAGGAUGAUUUGAUUUCCUGUAUUUUGUUUUUCUAUCAAGAGAAGAUACUUUUUUUAGCUACUGUUAUUAGGUCCUUUCUGAACAAUGUUUAUGUGCUACGCGUGUGUGAGUACAGUGUCGUCUCAUUCACAUGUGUCUUUUACUUUUUCUCCGUUUUUUCCCCUAACAGAUUUCAUUCUCACAGCCACCCAUUCAUCCCCGAAUAUCCUCGGUACGAUUUGCCCAGAAAUUUCGAUCCUCAUUCGAGUUGGUUCUCCGCAAAUUCGGAAUCGAUUGUACCAACAACGUAAACCUCUCUUCCUCAUUUUAACCCUGUCCCCUUCCCUUGCUACCAUCGCAUCGCUAGCUAGGCAACACGACUACGCAGCGUUCGUCUCUAGGGCCAUCCAAAGACAACCACAUUCAUCACAUCUUCAUCACUCAUCACCUAUAAUAUCGGUCAUCGGAAUGCUGUUUGUGAUCGGCUGAGUGAUCCAGUCCCUCAGCAACUACUUCCGUAUCUCAAAAAACGCCAUCAAAAACAACUACCAGUUCAGUUAGAUUUCUUCCACCUUCCCCACACAACCAUUAUUCGGACCAUACCUUCAAGCAUUUCGAAAAACGAAAAGAGCUUCUACCCUUUCGGCCAUCAUCGUAACCAUCAGAUCACCGAUCUUGCGAUCUUGAGACUACUUUGUAUCUACCUACUUAGAAGAAGACAUCGAAGGCGGCCCACCACCGAACAAUGACUUCAACAACAACAAUCUGUGCUGGAAAUCUUCGUUCGGUAGUGCGGCAAGGUUUCGGAUUCUAUCAACUAUCAACAACAACAACAGCAACAAACAUCAACCAACAAUCAACCACUUCUCACCAACCGCGCCAGCUUCUCCGCGACCGCGGGCAGCCUAGAUCGACACGUUUAACCACAUCGAGCCAUUUGUUUUCUCUUCUUUCUUCCCAACCCGCGCGCGCGCGCGAUUACACCACACAGAUCCCGUUCACCACGUCGUUCCCGUUCCCGUUCUCGCAGUAUGAGCCGUGACCGCGAGCGCGACCGUCGCAGUCGCAGUGGAUCCCGUGAGCGGCGCUGAGCAGUUUUCCCGGAGUG